AUGUCGGAAUGUAAUCUUCCCGAAUUCACGUGGUACAAAAGGCCAAAGUCGCCUGCCCCGAAGAAUUCCUCAGUAAUGGACCGGUUCUAUGUGCCUUCAGAUCGCAUGGAAUCCUCGAGAUCAGCCGGGGAGCCUGAUAUUUCAACCUUCUCCCGUCCGCCUCGGAAGGUUCCAGAGCCGUCAAGCCCAUCCACCAAUUUGGACCUAAACUACUGGUCCAACUCACCUCAGAAUAAGUUUAAAUCCUCGAGUUCACCCACAGAGUCCGAGGAGUUUAUUUUCUCCACACCAUCUGAGGAUGUCUUCGUAUCCUCGGGUCAACCCCGAGAUUCGUCUCUGGCUGAUUUGAAACGCAUGGGUCCCUGCUCAAAUUCCGAUCUUAUCAUCUUCCCUGAGGAUAUUGAUCUCAUUACGUUCUCUGACACUUCUGAUCUCAUCACGUUCUCCGAUACGCCUCAGAAUGAUGUACAGCCCUUGAGUCCACCCGCGUAUUCGCCCAAGGCUGAUUGGGAGUAUUCAAGUUCAAGCGACCAUGCCAGCAUGAACGAAGAUAGCUCUCCUCAGGUAGGUUGGGCGGCUUUACCUUCACCUAAAAAAGCCAAUAUCAUCUGGGACGACUCACCGCAGUGUGGUUGGGGAGUCUCGACUCCACCUAAGAAUGCCAACCCUGACUGGGACAACACACCGCAGAGGGUGCCAACUCCACUUAACCAUUUCAACAGAUUCAGCUGGUCAGGGGGAAAAGGAACAUUCGAUCUACCAGCGACGUAUCAACUAUCCUGGGACCAUGUGUUGGAGAAUGACUUGCCUGAAGACGAUGAACUGCGCUCACAGCUUUCAAAGCUUAGAGCCUUGAACGUUACUCCUCCUACCCGAGCUGGACGAAGACGUACCUCUGGGGUGACUGAACCAUGUGCCAACAAAUCCCCCACCAUCACCGACGGUAAAUGGGCUGACAGGAGCAGCGAGGAUGUGGUCUUACCUGCAGAUUCUGUUAGUGUACAGGACCAGGUGGGCCAGCUUUUCUCCUUUGGUGCUUCCAAGAGACAUCCCUCUGGAGCGCAUGCAGUAAAACCGGAGGACCGUGUCGUCUUUAGUUUGGGGGAACUUCAUCCCGUCACGACAAAUCCGCGAUUCGAAACUUUCACAGUCGAUCCCGAGAAAGGUGCCAUCCCUAACUUCGAGGCACAACCCCCCGUCACGACUAACAUGCGGCUCCAGACUCCCACAGUUGCGCCCAAGAAAGGUGUCAUCCCUCACCUGGGGGCACCAAAAAUCGACGACACUAACGUGCGACCCCAGACUUCCACAAAUGAUACCGAGGCUCCCGUCAUUCUUGGUUUGGGAGCACUUAACCCCACCAGUUGCAACCAGCAACACAAGACCAACCGCCGCAAAACCCCUCAUCAGGUAGAUCUAAGCGGUCUUGACUGUGUGAAGCAACUCGUUCCUAUUGGUGGAGUCACAUACUGUCGCCUCAUCCUGGACGUUGAAAAGAAGCUUGAUACGGUAAUUUUCCAGACACCGCACGGCUUUGAAACAUUCAGUACAUCUAAACAACACACGAAAAGUAGCCUUAGAAGCAACCGGGAAUCUAACCGUGGACCUCAUGAUAACGAUGGCUCCGUUAAGCUAAAUGGUGAGCAAACCCUGGAAAUGACACGCCACAUCCAGGGAUAUCAGGAAAACCCGCCCAGUACCCCGGAGCGAUUCUGCAAUGUCUUCUUCGAAGUAAAAAGAUCCUCGCUCGGCGGUUACGGUUCGUUCGCCCUCCGAGACCUCAAACGGGGCCUUCAAACGGAUGCAUGCGCGGAUGCGCAUAAGCCAACUGGCAAUGAGAAUGAAAUCGCCGCCAUUUUCCAGACAAACAGCUUCCACGCCUUCAGCGCGAAGCAGGGUGUCUUCCUCGUGGCUUCCAGAUUCAACCACGCCUGCCCGCCUCUCAACAACAUUCUAUACACGUAUAAUAAAACUAGGGACAGUAUCGUGCUUACCGUGCAGAGAGAUGUGUCGGCAGGAACAGAAUUGACCAUAAUAUACUGCAGAAACCCUGAGCAUCUAUUACGCAUUUGGGGGUUCGUCUGCAAGUGUGGUGCAUGCUCGUCGCUGACCAAGGAACAACAGGCAGAGAUUCUCAACCCGAGAAAACUAUGCAACUGGUAA